UGGCUGCAGGCCAUGAGAAAGCUACCACGGUCCCCCAUGGUGUCUUCCUGGGAGUGUUUUACCAUGGCCUCCCCCAUGAGUAUAUGGUGUGUGUGUGUGUGUGUGUGUGUGUGUGUAGCAUACCCACUGAAACAAUCUUACUCAUUUUCUCAAUCCCCUGAGUGGCACACAAUUAGCGCUCGGUCAAUAUCUUAGAACUGAGUUAACCGACUUUCAGUGUGUCUGCUGAAGGUGCCAGAGAAGUCUGUGAUUCCAUUUGUAAAGAUUUCCUUUGCCACAGCUAAAAUCUACCUAAGAUGUUCUGAUUUUAAGUGGUUUCCUACUUUGAGGAAGGAAAUCUUCCCAUCAGAAGCCUUGCUCAGGGGACACUGCCAGGGCUGGGGCCGUGGAGAGAGCAGAGCCUCUGGGUCCCUUGCACUUGGGCUGCAAAGCGAGUGGCGCCCCCUGGCGUUGUGCGACUCCACAGCUCUAGGAAUCACGUGUGCGACCAUCCCGCAGCCUCCCUUGGUCUCGGUCCUCUUCUGGAAAAAAGGUACCCCAGCAGGACCUGCUUACAGAUGAGACAGGGCAGUCACAUCCCCUAUCUCAGUGCCCAGCAGCAGAGAGGAGCUCACACAGUGGCCGCUGACAGCAUCAGCCCUUAGCUCCUUUCCAGCAGGUUUAAGGUGAUGACGGAAUGCUACAGAGAGAUGGCCACAUCCCAUUUUUUCCAACAACUGCCACUAUCUGUGUGUACGAUUCUAGUUUUUAAAAAUCCUGGCGUAGUCAUCCGCUCAUGCUCUCUCUCAUGAAACACAUAUGGAGAGUCGGCACUGAGCAGACCCCAGACUAGAUGCCGAGGAAGCUGAGAUUCCUAGGGCAGUCUGCCCUAUCUAGAGCCUCCCAGCCUGCUGGGGAAGCAGACAGCUCUAGAGACCCACCCAGCAUAGACCAGCAUGCUAAACACUGACAACGGCAACAGCUGAGUUGGCGUGAGAUUUACUCUCUAUAGGGCAAGGCACUCCUCAUGCAUAACCUAAUUAUCUUCCCAGGAACGCUCUAAGACAAGUGCUAUUAUUACUCCUGCAUAGAGGAGGAAACUGAGUCAUAGGCUAAGUACCUUUCGCAGGUCUCACCAUAAUGAAUGGAGUCUAAACUUGAACCCAGCAGAUUGGCUCCAGCAGUUAUUCACGAGGUUAUAGCCCCUCUAACACACCCAGACCCUAUAACUGUAAGUCGGAGUCUGGUUGUUUCUUUAGGAGGGUCCAGGGUGGAGAGAAGCCCAUGGGGCUGGGAGCCCAGAGACUAUAAGCCAGAGGCCUGGCUCUUCGGUGACCUCUGUGUGACUGCAAGCAAGACACCGCUCUUCUCUGAGCCUUGGUUUCUUCUUCUAAAAAGGAGGUGUGCUCGUGGGACCGAUCUCAAAACUCGUUGGUAUGGUUGUAUGCAGUCCUGCAAGGCAGUCUAGUGCCAUGGUUAGAAGGGAGGGAGCUAAGGCCAGAUGAAGUGUCAUUGGCUCUGUGACCCUGGAGAAGUUACUUAACCACUCUGAGCCAUAAAAUGCUCGAUAGUAAAUUUAAAUGCAAUUAUAAGUAUGGAAGGCUUAGUACAGCUCACGAGAAUUGUUCAAAACGCUUAGCUUUUAGUAUUCUGCACAAGUGACUAGCAAGUCACAAAGCAGGACAGUACUACUACUGUACAAAGCUGGUCUAAGGCGAACCCAGUCCCAAGUUACUGUUAGGGACAGGGACACAUCAAUGACAUCAUGGUUGCGGUAUGCUCUGGUCUUAAAGGACUGUGUGCUGUGGGGCUUGCCACUCGGUGUGGUCUCAACCAGCGACAUCAGCGUCAGCCCGGAGCUCGCUGGCAGUGCAGAAUCUCGGGUCCUGUCCCAGACCUGAGCCCGCCUCUGCAUUUUGAUGAGCUCCCCAGGUAAUUCCUCUAUACCCUGAAGUUUGAAAAACACUGGUAAAGCACUGAAAGACUGGUGACAACGGUUUGGGGCCUGGGAUGGGAAGGGUUAAUGUUUAGUUUGGCUCCCACCAAGGCACCGGAAACAGAAGGUUCCAGAGAUUGAAGCGUAUGAACUGAUGGGACAGGAAGGCUCCCUUCCUGCCUGUGUCCUGGAUGGCCAGGGGCUCCAGCCCGGGACCUGCACUGAGCCCCGAGCUGCAGCGAGGAAGGCCUGGGCCUGGACAGCCGAGGGCAUGCUGGGACAAGGGCAGGCCGAGAGCCUCUAUUCAGCUUACCUGGGCUCACCAGGCCUAAGCUGGGAGCAUGUGUCCUCAGGCCAAGGCCGUAGGAGGUCUGAGGGAGAGUGGGAGGCCCAGCGGAACGUCAUGGUUAACUGAGCAGGGCUCUCCCUCGGGAGUGCUGGAGCAGCUGCUGCCUGAGCUCACGGGGCUGCUCAGCCUCCUGGACCAUGAGUACCUCAGUGACACUGCCCUGGAGAAGAAGAUGGCUGUGGCCUCCAUCCUACAGAGCCUGCAGCCCCUCCCAGCCAAGGAAGUCUCCUACCUGUAUGUGAACACAGCAGACCUCCACUCUGGGCCCAGCUUCGUGGAGUCCCUCUUUGAAGAGUUCGACUGUGACCUGAGCGACCUCCGGGACAUGCCAGAGGAUGACGGGGAGCCCUGCAAAGGAGCCAGCCCUGAGCCAGCCAAGAGCCCGUCUCUGAGACACUCAGCCGACCUGCCUCCACCGCUUCCCCAACGGCCCCCACCAGAGGACUACUAUGAAGAGGCCCUACCCCUGGGACCAGGCAAGUCCCCUGAGUACAUCAGCUCCCACAGUGCCGCUCCUUCCACCAACCCCACAGAUGGCUGCAGCCCAGCCCACUCCAUCAUGGAUGGCUACUACGAGGAUGCAGACAGCAGCUACCCCGCGACCAGGAUGAAUGGGGAGCUAAAGAACUCCUACAAUGACUCGGACCCGAUGAGCAGCUCCUACGAGUCCUAUGACGAGGAGGAGGAGGAAGGCAAAGGGCCGCAGCCCACACACCAGUGGCCCUCAGAGGAAGCCUCCAUGCACCUGGUGAGGGACUGCAGGAUAUGCGCCUUCCUGCUGCGGAAAAAGCGCUUCGGGCAGUGGGCCAAGCAGCUGACCGUCAUCAAGGAGGACCAGCUCCUGUGUUACAAAAGCUCCAAGGACCGGCAGCCGCAUCUGAGGCUGGCGUUGGAUGUCUGCAGCGUCACCUACGUGCCCAAGGACAGCCGGCACAAGAGGCACGAGCUGCGUUUCUCCCAGGGGGCUACCGAAGUCUUGGUGCUGGCCCUGCAGAGCCGGGAGCAAGCCGAAGAGUGGCUGAAGGUCAUCCGAGAGGUGAGCAGGCCUGCCGGGGCAAUGGAGGGCACAGACGUGCCCAGAUCCCCCGUCCUCCUGUGCAAGCUGGACCUAGACAAGAGACUGUCCCAAGAGAAGCAAACUUCAGACUCGGACAGCCUGGGCAUGGGUGACAGCUGUUCUACUCUGGGCCGCAGGGAGGCCUGCGACCAAGGCAAAGCGAAGAAGAGCAGUCUGGCAGAGCUGAAGGGCUCCGUGAGCAGGGCUGCCGGCCGCAAGAUCACCCGCAUCAUCAGCUUCUCCAAGAAGAAGCCGCUGGCUGACGACCCGCAGAUGCCCUGCUCCGAGGAGGAGGUCCCGUGCUGCGGCUACCUGAACGUGUUGGUGAACCAGGGCUGGAAGGAACGCUGGUGCCGCCUGAAAUGCAACACUUUGUACUUCCACAAGGAUCACACAGACCUGAGGACCCACGUGAAUGCCAUUGCUCUCCGCGGCUGUGAGGUGGCCCCAGGCUUUGGGCCCAGACAUCCAUUUGCCUUCAGGAUUCUGCGCAACCGGCAGGAGGUUGCCAUCUUGGAGGCAAACUGCUCCGAGGACAUGGGCCGCUGGCUUGGGCUGUUGUUGGUGGAGAUGGGCUCCAAAGUCACUCCCGAGGCGCUGCACUAUGACUAUGUGGAUGUGGAGACCUUAACCAGCAUCGUCAGUGCUGGGCGCAACUCCUUCCUAUAUGCAAGAUCCUGCCAGGAUCAGUGGCCUGAGCCCCGUGUGUACGAUGAUGUCCCUUAUGAAAAGAUACAGGACGAGGAGCCCAAGCGUCCCGCGGGCACCCAGGUGAAACGCCAUGCCUCCUCCUGCAGCGAGAAGUCCCAUCGAGUGGAUCCACAGGUCAAAGUCAAGCGCCAUGCCUCCAGUGCCAAUCAAUACAAGUAUGGCAAGAACCGAGCUGAGGAAGAUGCCCGGAGGUACCUGGUAGAAAAAGAGAAGCUGGAAAAAGAGAAGGAGACAAUCCGGACAGAGCUGAUGGCACUGAGGCAGGAGAAGAGGGAGCUGAAGGAAGCCAUCCGGAAUAAUCCAGGAACAAAGUUAAAGGCUCUGGAGGAGGCCGUGGCUGCCCUGGAAGCUCAGUGUCGGGCAAAGGAGGAGCGCCGGAUCGACCUGGAGCUACGGCUUGUGGCUGUGAAGGAGCGACUACAGCAGUCCCUGGCAGGGGGCCCGACGCUGGGGCUCUCCGUGAGCAGCAAGAACAAGAGUGGGGAAACUUCAAAUAAACCCCAGAACAACGCCCCAGAGCAACCUCUCCCUGUCAACUGUGUUUCUGAGCUGAGGAAGAGAAGCCCAUCCAUCGUAACCUCCAACCAAGGAAGGGUGCUACAGAAAGCCAAGGAAUGGGAAAUGAAGAAGACCUAGAAGGAGGAUGAAGAUUUCAUUCCAAAGGAAAUACAAGAUUGUAUUGGAAACACUUUUUUCACAAGGAGAUGCCAGGACACUGGAAGUAGCCUCUCCAGGGCACCCAGAAGACCAGCUUUUACAUGAUUUGCAUGAUGACAGGGGAAACGGGGAGGGAAGAAAUGGAAGGGAGGAAGGACAUGGAGGGCGUCCUUUUAACUUCCCAGAGGGUGGAAAACGGGGAUGGAGGGAGUCAGAAAUCUGCACCACUGUAAAGGUUUUGUUAAAUGUCUUCGCCCUCAUUUCUGAAGAAAUGAAAGCCCACGUGAAUAAGCCAUUCCAUCCCAUUCUAGCAUCCCACUCCCAGGCUAUAGGGCAAAGGAAGACAGUGCUGAAGCAUCAGUAGGUAGUACAGUACAAAGAGCCAAGCUUUGAUCAUCUGAUCACACUUGUGCCAAGUGGAUUCAUGUGGGGCAUCACUGACAACCUCUGGGCAACAUAAAGAGGCCGAAAAAUCAAUAGAAUCUCCCUGCCUGCGUGAACGUGAACAAAAGCUACAGACAACACACAAAUUCUGCAGUCAUUCCUUCUGUGCUUCAGAGCUGGGUGGGUGCAGCUACCAGAACCCUGCAUUUGAGGUGCUUUCAAAUUAGAGGUCUGCUAUGCAGCAGGCGAGGGGAGGCUCAGCCGGGGACUUGUUUUCAGCCCACAGUGAUAGUGACAGGAACAUGGAUUCCUAAUGUCCACAGUAUGGUGUAGGAAUUGUAGGGUGGGGUCAUUUGUAGCCAAUCAAGUCCUUUACCUAUUUCAUUUGACACUCGGGCUCCAGGAGCUAGGGCUAGAGAACCAGGUGACGCUCUGUAUGUCUUUAUCCUGAGUUUGCACUCCAGUCUGCACUUCCGUACCUGCUGUCAAGGAAAACUAUCACGGAGAAUCAAAGGAUGGUGGCUCAUUUCUGCCGGGAGUGCUUUUUACUAACACUUGAUACUUUUAUAGGGGAGCAGGACCUCAAGUCUUGGGCAGUCUCCUUACUCUGCCACUCACUGCUUUCUCAACACUGUAGACACUUUUUAGUUUUUUAGGUCUUUAUAUCUCCUUCCAAAAAAAGAUAAAACCAGUUAACUGUUAAGAGCUCAAAGGCUAGCUCCAGAGAGAGAAACACACACACACACACACACACACAAUAACCUUUGGACACUUUACCCUACCUAGGGCUUUACAUACUUCUGCCUUAUCCAAACUUUACCACCCUUUAAGGUAGCUGAGGACCAGAGCAGGGAAAAUAGCCUGACCAAAAUCACCUAGCUGGUCCGUGGCAGCGGAAGAGACUUAGGGCCUGUGAGCCUGGAUCCAGACAGAGUUGGAUUUGAGCCUCACCUCUGCCACUGCCCAGCUGAUUAAGUCUGGGAAAGUCACCUGACCUCUCAUUCUUUUCUUUAUCUACAAAACCCAGGUUAACAGUUCCAUUUCCUCCCCCCACCCCCAAGACUAUUGGGGAAAUUCAGUGAGAUAGCACAGGGGAAGCAUCUUGCACUGUCUGAGAAAGAGGAAAUGCUCAGUCAAUAGUGGCCCUUAUUAUUAGCUAGAUAAGAAACGUCUGACUAAAAACCCUGUGUUCUUUCCACUGAAGAAAUGAUGUUUAUAUGAUAAUCACAGCCAUCAAAAAGCUAAAAAGCAACUAAUCCAUAACUGACAGUUUUCAUCCAGAUUCCACUUAUCUUCAAUGAAAAAGGAGCUCACA